GCCAAUUCGGCUACCGCACCCAAGUGCGACGGAUUCUGCAAGUGGCAUAGCUGACUCGCAGGUCACGGCUCAUUGACACUCAGACAGGCGGACCUCUCCAUUCUCUCUCCGCGGAAACGAGCGACCUCAUGCAGACGCACAUGGAAUCGCUGCAUCUCCCUCGCUUGGACCUAGGCAUCUUCAAGAACAGCAGUCGGUACCUCGAGCGCGUGGGCAAGCCCACAACCCCGUUUCAACCGCCGGUGUGGGCGGCGCCGCACAAGCCACACGCGAUCGCAUUAGUCGACGUGUUCAAGGCCAACGAAGUCCUGACCAGCGUCAACGUUGACUCGAAGGCGUGCUUCCUCUUUGGACGCAAUGCCCUCGUGUGCGAUAUCGUGUUAGAGCACUGCUCGAUCUCGAGAAUGCACGCGGCGUUGGUGCAUCACGUGGAUGGCGCCGUGUACUUGAUCGAUUUGGGAUCGUGUCAUGGUACAUUCCUUGACGGGGAGAAGCUCGAGCCGCUCCGACCGACCCUCCUCUCGCACGGCACCCAUCUCCGAUUUGGCGUGUCGUCGCGAACAUACCGAUUCAAGUCGUACGAAUCCCGCCAACAGAUCGAACGACGCGUGCAGACAGCCGUGGGGCUCCUGCCAGACGAACGCGAACUGCACACAAACACGCUCUUGAAUCGGUUCCUGUCAUACCGGUUGGAUGCGCCGUUCCACCACCAGUUGUCUUCGAUGCCGACCAACCCAUGGCCUCAAAAUUCGAAUCGCAUUGCAUCGCAUUCCACCGACACGAACGAAGACGCACACGAAGAAGAAGACAGCGACAUGCUGACUGCUUCUAUGGCCGACGCAGGACGCGGCGGCGCAUCGUCGUCAUUGUCAGGAAACCCCCACGACGACGACAUGGUCGUGUCCGAGUGCAAUCCUUCGGUGCUAAACGAGUCGUCCCAACUCUCGACGGCGGCUCCACCGUCGUCAAGGAAGCGGACGCGUCCGUCCGCGGCAGUCCCACCGGAUCAUGUGUUUUUGACGUACGACAACAAGCGCGUGCAUUUUGUCGAGUCGCCCCAGAUCAUCCACCAUUACCCCCAUCACGACGACGACGACGACGACGACGACGUCAUGGACGUGAUCAUGGACAGCACCGUCGACGACGUGCAGCCCAGACGUGCGUCGUUUGACGGCAGCCCGUCGCCGAGCGGAUCGUCGUCGUCGACGACGCCGCAUUUCAUAUUUCACCACAUGGCCGGCAGCGAAACUUCGCGGUGCAGGCCAUCGAUCGACCCAUCGAGUAGAAUACCAGGUGCCCGACGGCACACUCUAGGCUAACAGCACUUGAACCCAGCGGCAGGUUAUAUUUCAGUGGUGUACAGUAACGUAAAAGUCCAAGUUCAGAACAAUGUUUCCG